AUGGGUUUCUCUAGGAUGAAAAUUGAGGGAUUUGUGAGAUCUUCUUGUAGUUAUGAUGUUUAUGAUACGGGGUUGUGUAGAAGGCUGGGCUGCCAAAAGCAACAUAUACUUCCCUCACGGAAAGGCGCCAACAAGUCCUGUAGACAACAGGCGUUUUUCCUUCGGUCGGCACGGGACGGUUGUGGUUUGAAUGCGCCAGAGCAUGGAUCGCAUGAAUCUCAAGCGCUUUUGUGUGAACCUGCUGCUGCUGUUUGCUCUGGCUUUCAAGUGGAUCGGAGGCAUGGAAAGCGGCCACUUCCAUCGGAAGCAUCGGAGGAGAAAGAGAAAGAGCAUGACUUCCCAGAUUAUGCAUCUUCUUGGUCAGAAACCGACGUGUCCGCCAUGGUUACUGCCCUCUCUAAGGUUAUAGGAAAAAUUGAUGAUAAGCCAACGCCGGUGCAGUCAACCCCAUUAACCAUCCCAGAGAGUACUGCGGUGAAAGAAGAACCCGACUCAUCUCAACCGGUGCAAGAUCAAGAAAAUGCAAGGAAACGACACUACAGAGGAGUAAGACAAAGACCAUGGGGAAAAUGGGCAGCCGAAAUACGUGACCCAAGAAAAGCAGCUCGAGUCUGGCUCGGCACAUUUGACACGGCUGAGGAUGCAGCCAUGGCAUACGAUAGAGCAGCUCUAAAGUUUAAAGGGACCAAGGCCAAGCUUAAUUUCCCUGAACGAGUUCAAGGGACGACCGGGUUUGGCUAUUACAUGGAUGCCGGUGGAAACACAAGCGCCCCCCAGCCAGUGCAUGCUCCCAGGCCAGCUUUUCCUCCUCCCCCAUUAAUGUCACAGCCACAGGAAUCUUUCCCUGGCCUAUAUCAGUAUGCACAACUUCUUUCCAGUUCUGAUGUUGAAUUCCCUUAUUACACAUCCAGUCUUUUCAAUCAAGAUCAAUCUUUUCCUUCACAAUUUUCAUCAACUACUUCAUCCCCAUCUUCCGCCUCAUCACAUCAACACCACCACCAACAGGAAGAUCGUGGAAAGGAUAUUGAUUCUAGUAACCAAAGCGAUGAGUAAUAGCUAGCUAGCUAUGAUCAUUUUAGUUAAUCUAUCUAUAUAUCCUUUUUGAGUGCUAUUAAUUAUCAUUAUUGCCAAGUCUUCAAUAUCUUCGAUUCUUUCAAUAGAAAGCUGGACAUCUAUCCCCAUGGAAUCAACCAGGAUGUCAACAACAACGUUAUGAUCAAGAGCUUCCAUGAGUAUUUGUUUUGGCAUUUUGGAAGCUCCUCGUCUGAUUUUUUUUGUAUGGGAAGGACAUGCAUCGAUAUUGGUAAACCCCGGCCAAUUAAGGACCAUCUUCCAUAUAUAUUAUUGUAUAAUGAGAGUACUAGAUUUCGGGAUACCUAAACUGGUCAACUGUAAUAGAUUUGGCUUCAGUUAUUGGCUAUUUUGGAAUUUUAUUAAUUGAUGUUUAUUUUGUUCA